AUGUUCUAUUCGGAGACCCUCCUGUCAAAAACCGGGCCGCUGGCCCGCGUUUGGUUAUCGGCUAACUUGGAGCGCAAGCUUUCCAAAUCGCAUAUUCUACAGUCGGAUAUCGAGAGCAGUGUCAGUGCUAUUGUCGACCAAGGACAAGCUCCAAUGGCUUUGCGAUUGAGCGGUCAGUUGUUGUUGGGUGUGGUCCGGAUCUAUAGCCGAAAGGCACGCUACCUAUUGGAUGACUGCAAUGAGGCUCUCAUGAAAAUCAAAAUGGCUUUCCGCUUGACUAAUAACAAUGACUUGACAACCACUGUUGUUGCCCCAGGAGGUAUUACUUUGCCAGAUGUGCUUACAGAGUCGGACCUUUUCAUGAACCUGGAUUCUUCUUUGCUCUUACCCCAGCCGCUCAGUUUUGAGCCGGAGGGGAAGCGCCCAGGAACAUCAAUGGACUUUGGGAGCCAGCUCUUCCCAGACAAGGAUGAUACACCCUUGGGCCAUGACUUCAGUAUGGAAGUUGGUCGAGAUGCGCCCGCACCUCGUCCCGUUGAAGAGGAUCUUUUUAGCGAUGCUGGCAAGUUCAACGAUGUUGAUCUGCCUUUGGACCUUGGCGAGGAUGAUUCUCCCUUAGACAAGAUGGACCUGGCCAACGAGGGCCCACAAGACUCUCUUCUGCAGGCGGAUGAUACAGCCAUGGAUCUUGGUGAUGAUGGAGAACUGGCAUUCGAAGCCGAAGAGCGCAGGCUCGAUCGCGACUCCAUGAGCGUCCUCUCAGAGAUGCCAGACGCAGACAUGGAAAGACUCCAACAAGAGCAAGGUGAAGAUCAGGAUGAGGUAGAGGGAGAGGCAGAGGAUGAUGUGACUGCCCGACACUCGCAGCGCACGAAGCGACGAAAGGUUAUGACCGUGGAGCUUGACAAGGAAACUGAUUACAAGGCCCAUAUUAUAAAGGGUUUGCAAGCGGAUCGCUCUACUAUCUUGAAGCCGACGUCCUUCCUGCCUCGUGAUCCUGUUUUGCUCACUCUCAUGGACAUGCAAAAGAAUGGCGACUUUGUGACGAAUGUGCUAGGAGGAGGUCGCGGACGUGGGUGGGCUCCAGAACUUCGUGACUUGCUCUCCUUCGAUGCUAUUAAGAAGGCUGGUGAGCUCAAGAGGAAGCGUGAUAGCGGAAUUGCAGACAUGGAAAUCGAGACAGCUACUGCCCCUGCUUUGGAAUUUGGCGAAGAAGAUGCCAUCGUACCGAUCGAUGAAGGUGUUGGUCUUGACUCAACGCUUCAUCAGCGGUCUGAUAUCGAAUUCCCCGGCGACGACGACGAUCAAGGUUUGCAUGUGAGUGACGAUGAGGGAAUGAAUCAUUCCCUGGAAGAGCUCGAUGACACUAUCCAACCUGCGGACAGUGGCCCUGUUUCCGUUGGUACCAAGCAUGCUGUUCACAUUCUCCGCGACUGUCUAGGUGAAUCUGCAGUGGAACAGAAGAGGAGUGUGAAGUUCCAGGAUCUUCUACCCGAACGCAAGGCGUCCAAGGCGGAUGCGACGAAGAUGUUUUUUGAGGUUUUGGUUUUGGCCACAAAGGACGCCGUCCAGGUUGAACAACGCCCUGAUACCGUUGGUGGCCCUCUCAAAAUCCGUGGCAAGCGUGCUCUCUGGGGUUCAUGGGCUGAAGAGAGCGCCAAUGGGGAAGUAGGCACUCAACCUUCCCAGGUGGCAGCUUAG